CGCAAGGUUGCUUUGACUGGGACCAUUAAUACAAAAUCAAAAAAUCACUUUACUGAAGUUCUAGAUGGAUUUGGGUAUAAUCUUCUGAAAAAAAAUCCAGACACAAUGACUAUCGGUGACUUGAUAUUUGGAACAGUUGCUAUGGCAUACCGAGGAACAUCGCUAAAGAUACAUUGGCUUUCUAGUCCUGCUCGACUGCUCUGCACUGAAGCAUUCCUAUCUCCACUAGCAACUCCAUUAGUAUCUACACUAGAACGGGCACCAGAUCAUUCCAUCGGUCCUUCAGGUUCUUCUUUGGAAUGUUCACUCAACUCUGCAGAUACAAUUGUGACAACUUCACCAUUGGUAUAUCAAUACAGUACAUGUACGACGGUCAGUAGCGCUUUGGCUGAAAGUAGUAUAGACUCAGGUUAUAAUGCGUCAUCAAGAAGUUCAGAAAAUAUUACAUCUAGAAGUAGUAUCUCUGAAAACAAUUUUUCUUUUGUUACAUAUAGUAGCGGAUCAAGUAGAAUGAGUUCGCAAAAAAGAAUAACACGUAAUUUUUCAACUACAUUUACAAAUAGUGAUAACUCAGCAAAUGCACUAGAUGGUUUACUAAUGAAGAGCGCAGAUGGCAAGCAUACGAAGUUGGGACUGGCCGUAUGUGUUACAUUAACAGAAGCUCUUGAAAGUGAAAUGCAGCAUUAUUAUAUGGAACACAUUCCUCUCAUAGAAUCUAUGAUGAAUCGCUUGAGAACGAUGGUAACUCAAGCAUAUAUUGAAAAAUCAUCAUUUUUUUCUGCAAUAAUAAAAGGUUUCGAAACCGCAACACAAUUUAUUUAUGACUUGUUUCGCGGUCCAAUCAUCACAAAACCCUUUUGGAUUUCCUUAGCAAAAUCUGACAAUGGUUCUGCUAAAAACGGCAUGAGUUCAUUUAAUUAUGGUCAUGAAGAUAUGUCCCGCAAUUUCAUUGACAGACUACACAAGUUGUUGGUAAUUUUUGAUACCAAGGGAUCUAAUUUUUUUUUAAGUACCCUCAUUACUGCCACGUUGACGCAUCAUUUAGGAUGGAUAACAACCGUAGCUCCGUACAGGGUGUGCAAAUCAAAAUUGGACCGAGCGGGGCUGAAGUGCUGCACGAGCGCGAGGGAUAAUUGCAACAGGUGUUCACAAAAUGCACUAUGGGCUCAACUGGUUGAUCUGUACGGAUUGAACGGUUUUCCAAUUAAAUUAUGUAAAACUAUAGUUAGUUGUUCUGACAGUAAUGUUUUGAACGAAAUCGUAACAGUAUUAACGUAUUUCAUUCGAAGUAAUAAAAUACGUAAAGCAUUUUAUGAACCAAUUUUUGAAAGUGGUUUGCUAGAUGUGAUUAUGAAUUAUGUGAGUGAUAAUGGUGAUUGUUGUACUAGUAAUGUUUGUUCGUUUUACGAUAAACAGUUAAACACUGAUUGUGCGAGUGAAUAUAAUACAGACCAAAUAGUUGAUAAAAGUGAAAAUUUUCUAACAGUUAAUUCUGGAUUGUGCGAACCUCGGUGUGGACUACGAAGCAAAGACAGUUUAUUUAAUUUAAGAAUCUGCAGUUCCUUACAUGAUCAAACUUGGCAAUAUAUUAAUUCAAAACAGGCGCAAAACGAAAAUAACUCAUUUUCAUGUUCAGACAACCAAAACCCCUCAAUUGAUUCAAACUCUUUUGGUAAUCAAAAUUACACAUAUCUUGGUUUAUCCAAAAACCAAAGUAGGACUAUUUUAUAUUACCUAACGUCAAAUAAAAAUGCUGCUCAAGAAUAUGUUAAAAGGAAGUUAAGUGAUAGCUUAUCAUCGUCGAAGAACGCGUUUGAAACAAAUUUCCAAAGCAUUGUGACAUCCAGGAAUGCUGGUAAAUGUGAUAAUAUUAAAAAAAGGAAUUCUGAUCAAUCUCAAGAUAUCUACAAAAACAAAGGAUUGACGCGUAUGACCAAUGAAAAGUAUCCAAAUUUAUCUGCUCUGAUCACAAAAAAUAGUUUGGGAUAUACUUCUUUACCAUCGGAUUUCGAUAGUACUGAUAAUGAUGAUGAGAACAAAGUUCAAUUCAUCUUAGGAGAUAAUGAAAAUAUUAAAAAAAAUUUAACUGCGUUUAAUAAAUAUGAUGACAAAAUAAUACCGCAAGUUGACAGAGAAUUUCUGUGUGCCAAAAAUAACAUAGGUGAUGAUAAUGACCAAGUGAACCAAGAGAAAUGUGCUGGAAAUAAGUUUGACGAAAGCAUAGAAAAUGUUCGUUUUGAUGAAAAAAUUUCUUCCUCAUUUUCUCACGAUAAGGCUGAAAAUAAUUCUAUUGGAGAUAGCGAGCUUAUUUCUAUACCACCCUCACCAUGCUAUGUGCCAUUAUUUGAAAUGCAAAGUAAUGAUAAUGUUGAAACACGCAAAGAUAUUGAUGCAAGGCUAUUUAAGAAACUGAUUAUUCUACCAUUGCUGAAAACUCGCGUAAGUUCUAGUCCAAAUCGUAUUGUUUUGAAACCUGGAUUUACUGCAUCAUUAUUUGGAGGCGUGAAUAACCACUACGUGCCAGAUAUGGUUUUACAAGGUACAACCAUAAGCGCGGAAAACUUUGAAUCGCAUUUAUGUGGUGACUUGACGGCACUCACACUUGGAAAUGUUAUGGCUGAUGAUGUAUCGGAAAGUGUGAGCAUUGUUGCAAAUCUUGAGAAAUGGAAAGUUCUGGCAAUAUCAUCGCAUACUUAUGUUUUUGCAAAUGGAAUUUCUGUAAACAUCACUGCAAUGUCUAGACUUGUAUCAAAUAUGCUCGAGGCUGUGCAACAAAUGUGGAAACUUAAAGUUUCAGCGGAAUACUGUACAAAAUUUAUAGAAUAUAAGUUACUCGAUAUGUACCUGAAAUCUGAAGUCCUGGCCGAAAUGUUAUUAAGUACGGAUUUUUGUGAAGUGUCUUGGAUAACAUCGUCCUUAGGAAUUGAUCUAGCGGAUGUACCAUUGUUGAUGUCAAUUGCAUCAACGCACAGUCCACAAGUUACAAAGAAAUAUAGUUUAAGUUUCAGAUAG